AUGCCCAGAGAAAAGGUCUCCACAUGGAAGGACAUUGUAGCUGCCUUCCUCGACAAGUAUUAUCCGCCGGGCACAAUUUUGAAGCUCAAAAGCGAGAUCUUCCAAUUCAUCCAAGGCCAGGACGAACCCCUCUAUGAGGCGUUUGCUCGUUUCAAAGCCCUUCUCCGAAAGUUCCCUAACCAUGGUUUCACCGUGGACCACCAGGUAGGGAUUCUCUAUAAUGGGUUUAACGAGAAAAUUUGUGCUAUGCUUGAUUCAGGUGCAAAUGGAGGGUUCUUAAGGAAGUCAGGUGAGGAAGCCAUGGCAGUGAUAGAGGAAUUCGCCACCAACAGCAGGGGGUGGUCGAAAGAAAGGCAUAGCCUAAAAAGGAUAGCUGCAGUUGAAGAAGCCGAGGAAAGCUCCUUUGCAAAGGAAUUGGCCGAGCUUCGAGUUAGGGUGGACCAAAUGGAUUCAUCAAGAAAGGAGGACCCGAUUCCACCAACCUCCAUUAUAGCAGUCUCUAAGCCUGAAACUCCUACCCCGACAGUGGAAGAAAUCAACUACAUGCAAGGAGGCGGCCCCAAUAGAAAUUACAACAACAACUAUCGCCCUAACCAAGGGGGCGGAUUUAAUAUUAGCAAGGGAGGAGUAGUUGAGACACUCAAGAAGAAGGAAAAGUAUGAACAAGGGAUCACAAGGAUCUUGGAGGUAAUCGUGCAAGACAGGAAGAUUAAUGACACCAAGAUCGGAGUGGUUGAAGCCAGAAUAAACAACCUCGAGCAGGGAAUGAACACGAUCUCGACUGCCAUAACCAACAUCAACACGCAGAUGGAGCAAAUCCAAAAGAAGUUAGAUGAGGACAGGGCAAAGGCAGCCGCACUAGUGGACGACGUCAACAAAAAGUGGGUGGCAAAGCAGAAAACUGGGGACUGCCCAGACACCCGCGAACCUCCGCACACCACGCGGCGGACCACCACUGAAGCCCAGAAUGGAGUCUGCCCAGCCGCCGGCGGACCGCCGCACACUAUGCGGCGGGCCGCCACAGAGAAGGCAGAAGCACCCGCUCAGCAGGGACUCGUGCGACAUAAUGGGGUUGUGCUACCUUUCCAGCCAAAGAGGAAGUUUAAGCUCGAAGAGCAGUUCAAACACUUUUUGAACAUGUUUUGUAAAGUUCAUACUAACAUUCCUCUAGUUGAAUCAUUGCAAGAAAUACCUAAAUAUGCGAAGCUACUAAGGGAGGCAGUGAUGAGAAAGAGAAAGCCGACAAAAGCCGACCUUAAGCUACCACAUCAUUGCAGCGAGAUCAUCCAAAAGGAGAAGGCAGUGAAGCAGAGAGAUCCGGGCCAAUUCAUUAUCCGAUGCCGGAUUGGAGAGGGAAAGGUUGACAAGGCCCUAUGCGAUCUAGGAUCUUCCAUCAAUCUCAUGCCGCUGAAGUACUACGAAAAGCUCAACAUUGGGCCACUCAAAACUUCAGACGUAACACUCAGGUUGGCCGAUAACUCGACCAUAAAAACUUUUGGUAUGAUUGAGGAUGUCUUAGUGAAAAUAGAUGAUUUCAUUUUUCCCGCCGAUUUUAUUGUGCUUGACAUGAAAGUAGACAAGAAUGUCCCUCUAAUCUUAGGGAGAGAUUUUCUCGCUACUUGCAAUGCUUUGAUUGAUGUAGGUCGUGGCGAGAUCACAAUUAGCGAUAACCAUAGUCAAUCCACCUAUAAGAUCGAAAGCGAGAUGCUCAAGUUUAAGGAAGCAAAGCAAACAAAGAUAGAUAGGAAGUGUAGGGCAAUCAUGGUCACGGAUUUGACCAAACCUCAAGACCCCUUUGAAGUGAAGAAUCCUACUACCUCCACUAUCUACAUUGUCAACGAGGUAAGACGUUCUCCCAAAAAGGACGAUACUAACCCCUCCACCUCUAUCCCGCAGAAAAAGAAGCAAAAGAGGAAGAAGGCAACCAAGGAGGACCCCGAGAUUUAUGUUAUCAAAACAAAUAAGGGGAAAUACAAGUGGUGGAAGAAGCUAGGGACCAAGUUGCUCCCUAUGCCCAUUUUCAACACUAGGGUCGCUGAUCCGCCCAAUUAG